AUGAGCUUCGCGUGGCCGUGGCAGUACAGCUUCCCGCCCUUCUUCACGCUGCAGCCCAACGGCGAGACGCGGCAGAAACAGCUCUCGGCCUGGUGCGCGCUGGCGCUCGCCUACAGCCAGCAGCAGCGGCUGCCGGCCAUGACAGUGUGGGAGGCCCAGGACAGUCCUCUCUUCGCCAACCACCGCCUGCAGCGGAAGCUCCCGCUGGAGUCCAUCCAGGUGGUGCUGGAGGAGCUCCGCAAGAACGGGAAUCUGGAAUGGCUAGAUAAGAACAAAACCAGUUUUCUGAUCAUGUGGAGGAGACCUGAAGAGUGGGGAAAACUCAUCUAUCAGUGGGUGAUAAGGAACGGUUUGACUAACUCGGUGUUCACGCUGUAUGAGCUGGUCAGUGGAGAUGACACAGAGAAUGAAGAGUUCCACAGCUUGGAUGAGACAAUGCUGCUCCGUGCCCUUCAAGCCUUGCAGCAAGAGCACAAGGCUGAAAUUAUCACACUGGAUGAUGGUCGAGGCGUCAAGUUCUUCUGAUCAGAGCUCCUUUUCCUCUUCCCCAGCUGCUGAAGUAGUUCUUCCUGCGAAGGUUCACCUCCUGGCCUGGCUUCAUGCUGUGACUGCAAAGCAGCCACACACUCAGGGGGUUUCCUGGGGCAAGGAGCAUCCAUGAAGCCUUCCAAAAAUGUGACUUGUUUGGAACAUUCAGAAAUCCUCCAUCUGUCUUCUCUCCCUGUUGAUUGUGUUUGGGAGGCUAAUGCUGCUCUAGGCAUCUCUGAGAGGCACCACCCAGAAGUAAAAUGUUGUGACUGCUGCUGCCAAUCACCGUCCCUGCAAAGGCCACAGGGCAACCUCUCAGCGGCUGGUUGAGCUGGGCCCUGACAGGCUUCUCCUUUCCUCCUGCCUGCUGUGGCUUUGGCACUGAGUGUCUGUGGCAUGGACAGGCAGGUGGAAGGCAGCACAGGACUUGCUGUGGCUGCUGAGCUGUGGCAGAUCCCAGGGGCAGCUGCACAGCAGGGCAGGUGGAUGCCAAGGAAUCACUUUGGAGUAAUUAAAAUGAGAGCUGUAUUGCAGAGCAGCCUGCCUGUUCCCAUCCAUCUGUGGUUUUCCAAACCCUCAGCCAUGGCUCCUUGCUGCAUUAGGGGAACAUGGCAGUGUGCUCAGAGCUGGGGGACCCUGAUGAGCCACUCCCUGAGCAGGACACAGGCACCACACAUGCU